GUUACACGGUGCGUCCGUUAAUACUGUACAAUCAGUUCGUUUUCAGCCAGCGUGUUGGCCGGUGUUUCGACGACGAUUACACGAAUUCCCACGACUAUCGAAUUAUACACAUAUACAUCCGUUCUUCUUCCCCCGCGUUUUCUCUGUCGAAACACAAGCUCUUAUUAUUUACAUAACCUUCUUUGCUGUGAAAGGGCUUCCAUCUCUAUAUUCAGUUGUGAAACAUUAGUUUUUUCUAAAGAACGCGAAGUUAUCGUGAAACGACGUGUGAACCAGUGCCGAUAAUAUACGAAAGAAGUCGAACAUGAGAAUACGACUACAACGAGAAAGCGAACACAUGUAAAGCAGCCAGCUGUUCAAGUUCUUAUCGUCCGAUCUCGCACGAAUAAUACAGAACAGUGGCGUCGCUUGCGAACGAACGAAACGGAGACGAAUUGUGUUCAUUGAGAGAGUGGGAGAGAUCGAACGAAAUAACGUUAAAGGCCAAUUAAUUUCGCUAGACGGAAAGCUACGCAAAAGCGUCGCGUCGAGAUUUUCGAAAAGCGUCGCGUAUAUAUAGAGUACGUCGUCGCUCUGUGCGCCUAUGUGUUUGUCUGUCUGUGUCCCUUUGUGUGUAUUUACACAAAUCGCGUGGUAGUUUUCCUUUCAACGAGCGGGAAAAGGAGAGUCGAUCUUUGGUGUACAACUGAAUUCUAAACAAUCGAAAAUGUGGCAUCCGCCGAGAAAGACACCGAUGGAGAGCAAUGUUCCAGAGAGCGAGCAACAAAAGUGCGAGGAGAAACGUGAUUCGUGCCAAGUUGAUUCUGGAUUUUUGUCUAGUGGAAAUCUACAAGUGAGUUCGGAGCUGGGCGACUACGAGUUGAAUGUUGCAACAACCGCACCCGUAGUACCAGAACCAAUGAGAGUAGACAGCGGCGUGGAUCUUGGCUUGAGCGAAAGCUUAAGCCAGCUUACGUUGAAACAAGUUACAUUGAAUCCUCUGGCGAGCGGCAAAGUUCAGGUUGAACCAACUGUCGAGUUGACUCCGGUGAGCACCGACAAGCUCGAACAACAUGACGCUUCGACGUUACGGCAUGAAUCGCAUCGAUCACCUGAGACGCUGUUCAAUGAGGAACCUUGGCAGCUCUACUACACACAGGACGACGACGGUGACACGCAGCUGCACAUAGCCAUAGUGCAAGGCUUCCUAGAAGCUGCGUUCAGCUUAAUUCGAAUGGCACCUCAUGUCUGCCUAUUGAAUAUACUAAAUGACGAUGGCCAAUCCCCAUUACACCUGGCGGUGUUGACGAGGCAACCGAGGAUCGUCAGGCGACUAAUUCUAGCAUGUGCAAAUCCUGCAUUGAGGAACUUUCGUGGAAAUACAGCUCUUCACCUGGCGUGCGCGACCGGUGAUCUCGCUUCGGCGAAGGCCCUCACGGACCCUUUGUCCACCGUCGAGAGGAAUUACCUUCAUCCCGGAAAGAAAAUACCUGCCCUGCCGCAAAAUCUCGAACAACGGAACUACGAUGGAGAGAUGUGCCUGCACAUAGCAGCCGCGUCUGGCCAAGUAGAGCUGGUGCGGCUUCUUUUGCGCCUCGGUGCAGAUCUGGAGGCGAGGGAGGCAUUGGCGGGAAAAACGGCCCUUCACCUCGCUGUGGAACGUGGGUGUCGGUCAGUGGUCGCGUUUCUACUGCAAGAGUGUAGGCCGUGUUUGGACACGCAGACAUACGCCGGUAUCACCGCUUAUCAGAUAGCCCUGUGCUUCGACAGUCAACUGGCUAGGGAAUUAGUAAGACUGGGCGCGACGCCGAAACCUCUUCCGGAAUCAGACUCCGACAGCAGCGACGAGGAUGAAAGCCCUGCGAACAAUUAUUUACCCGCGAUCGCGAGAAUUAGGCAAAAUGUAGUUGGAGUUAAAGUGUAAAAAGUCGCCGAUCGGUCCUCUAUUUUUUCUAUCUCUCUCUUUUUCUUUUUUUUUUUUUUUUGGUCGAUCGAUGCUUAGCAUUAUAUAACCGAUUGGAUAUUACCGGAAAAAUACCCGCAACGAACGAGAUAUUUAUACGUAUUAUAGAUAUGGAACGUGUAAGUUAUGGAUAUAUCGUUCGACAAUUAGAGGAGGGUAUUUUUUGAAAAAAUUUCGCGAUAAUGUGUAGGUUAUUAUUACGGAUCGCGAAUUACGACGGCUAUGUUGACGCCAAGCGAGGAAAUGAUUCGAAACUCCGUCGAGUACAAGUAUUAAUUGUAUCACAUCGAACAUGUUAUUAUUCUGUUGGAACUAAUUACGCGAUGCAACAAUGUGAAUGUAUAACGAAACGAAAGAAAUACGAAAGACGAGCAGGGAGACGUGUUAGAACGAGACAGGAUAGAAGAGUGAUGGGAAUAAUCUGAAAACCGUGCCUCUAUGAGGAGCAAAUAUUACUACCGGCUACUACUGCUGUUAUUGUAUACUUCGAUAACGAGUACGAUUGUCCGAGCGUACGUCGACUGCGAAAUGAAUUCACAAUUUUUACGCUUAGGGUGACCGCAGGAUCUCGUUUCUUGUAAAUAUAGGCGAAAGUUAUGAAAACAUUUUUUUUUUCUUUUGUGUUAGAAUUGUGUGAGAAUGUAGUAGUGGCACUCGUACGCUUCGAAGCGUCCUAAAACGAGAGAAGACGCAUUGAAAUGACGAUUAAAGUAUAACGAAAAUGGAAGGAAAAAAAAACGUUAGUAUGUAAACGAAACAUUCGUAAUUUCAUUGUUCGCUUAAGGUGUACAUACAUAUAUAUUUAUAUUAGUUGAAUUAAGAGACCGAAAUAACACUCUUCGAAAUAGAAUUAUUUAUCGAGGAACGUAGAAAGAUAAUUCACUCGGGUAUUACUACGACGUAAUAAGUACGCUACGGUAUUUUAUCGUGAACGUUUAUAAAUUUCCUCGUACCCCU